AUGAGCUCUGGUGAUGAAUUUGGAUCCUGGGAGAGUGUAGGCCAGAAUAUUCCCCGUUCCCUGCGACCAGAAUUGGCAGAUGUCCUCGAUGAUAUGGAGAGAGAAGCUGAGCUCUUAGAUGCAUACGAUGAAGACGAAGAAUUACCAUUAAAUGAAGGAGAAGAGGAAGAAGAAGAAUAUUCUGAUUACGAGAGUGAUCUUAUGGAUGAUUAUUAUGAAGGUCAAUUGCUAGAUGCCCAAAAACAGUGGGAGGAAUCACUGGAUCAAUUAAACAAAGUGCUCAAUUGGAUAUUACUACCACUGGUAGGUAAGUUUUUAGGUCGUAGAGUAGCCAAGACCAUUUGGAAAAGGGUCAUGGAGUAUUGCUGGAGUGGAUUUUAA